AUGGGUCCGAUCUGGCUCUACCGUAUGAUCGUCUGGUCAGCUCCACUCUGGACGGGAGAAUCAAGGACGCCACAAACAGACUCGUUCAUUUCUCUCGAGUCUCAGGCCUCAGACGAUGUCAAUAUUCCCUGCAGAAAAGACCACCGACUAUUUACUUUUACAAUCCCAGCAGCACAAGGGGCAAAGCAAAUCCUCACGGAUGUUUACUUGGCCAAUUCCCGUGUUUCUUCGCCCUUGGAUAGAAGAAGACUUUCAUUCGUCAGCACCCCAGCCCUCCCAGCAUUAGCGUCAACUAUACUUUAUGAUGCUGGAGGUUGA